GUGCCAAGUGGGUGGGCGCAGGUUCCAUCUAAUUGUUGGAUGGUGGGGUUAGACUUUGGUUCAGCAACUUUAUUUGGCACGUCACAGCCUCCAAGCUGAGAAUCCAGUAACUAACCAUCCGCCUAUCAUUAGGCGCCCUUCUUUCUACCUAUUAACUAUCAAUCACUAUAUUGUACAUACACAUUGUACACAAUCAAUACUAGUCAAAAGGUUGACUUUAGAUCAUCCUUAGUCUUAACUUAUUUCUGACCAACUGGCUAACUCUCAACGUCUACCUAGCUGUCACAGCCCAUCUGUUACAAAUUAAAAGAAGUACGGUGAAGAGCUGAGCUGAGUCAAGCCAAAUCGCAACCCAAACCGCAACCCAAACCGCAAACCGUCUACAGACUUGGGAUCGAUAUAUACCACGAGGAAACUAUUGUUGAGUUCGGAACAAGAUGGCGGACGGUCAUGAACAUGAGGGCGCUUCCGUGAAAGAGCAGCUGAUCGAGGCUUGCCGACGGAACAACGUCGACCUACUUAACGAAAUCAUCUCUAACUGCAAGGAUGACGACGAGAUAUCGAACCUCCUCAACAACACCACCACCGUCAUGGGAAACCACUUAUACCAUGAGGCCGCGCUACAGGGCAAUUACGAAGUAAUCGACACCCUCCUCGACCAGCCCAACUUCGAAUGCGAUCCCACGAACCGUGCCGAAGGGGACACCCCUUUACACAGCGCCAUCCGCUGGAUCAACAGCGAGCCCCCCGCGCAGCGCGAGUUCGGCAACGCCCUCGUGCAGAUGAUGCUCGAGGCCGGCUCCUCCACCCGAACCCGCAACAAGGCCCGCCUCACCCCCCUCCAGCUUGUCGACCCCGCCAACCCCGGCCUGCGCGACCUCAUCCAGAAGCACGAGUACGCCGAGCUCAACGCCGGUGACUUUGUGGACGAUAGUAACAGUAAGAAUAACGAGGCCGGGAACGCGAAGGGUAACAGCGCUGCGGCCAAUGCUUUCUUCGAUUCACAUGAUGGUGACGACGAUGAUGCGGAGUUCUCGGGAAGUGACGAGGAGGAGCGCGCGGAGUGGGAGAGGAGACGCAAGAAUAAGGGGCGGUGAAAGAGAGACACAGUGCGUGUGAGUUGACACUGACAUUUGAAGCUGAAAGGGAGAAACGAAGUGAAAGGGGUUGGGAAUAGACGGCCACAGCGUGGAGAGUACGAGCAGAUAUAGAUUUGUUUUGGAUUAAGAAGAGAGAGGGGGACAAACAGACAGACAGACAGAGACAUCCAUCCAUUGGGCUUAGCCCCGGUUCGGCUACGCUUUUUUUACCCCAAGGAGCUACAUAUUAUCUACCUACCUAACCUAGGUACUUAUCCAGAUACUUACCCAGGCACGGUAUGGUUAUGGUGUGGUACCUAGACAUGGUGCGGUACGGGUGUCUUCUAACCUACACGAACGGCGCUUGAUUAUC